CCUCCAUCGGAUCCAAAUUUUGGGACACGCGGAUGGUGUGUCGCUAGCAUCGAGAGAUCAAAAGUACCUGACCUUUGCUGGUAAGAGCGUGACCCGACUUUGUUGAUCCACUCACGACUGGCUGCCACGUCAGCAGGCACGCAUAGCGUAGCACAGCAUACAAGGCGCACAUCUCGGCUGUGAUCAGGAGGCAGCAAGCAGAAAUCGCGUGGGACCGCACAAGAUAAGGCCACGCCUCUCAAACGAGAGCACAAGCCGCCGUACUGGAAAGUCAUCGGGUAUCACCAUGACAUACGUACGGAUCUUGUCGCUCGCUCUCCUCUUCUUGUGCCUCAUCAGCUCGUUGGCAUUGGCGAGGUUGGUGUACAUCUUGCCAUCCCAUGUCAGAGCGCGAGGUCCAUCCACGUCCGUCCGCACAGCUAAUCAUCGAAGAUGCAGCGUGGCCAUAUUCCUCGGCAGCGGCGGACAUACCGCCGAGAUGCUGAAACUGGUCAGCGCGCUCUCGCCAGCUCGUUAUGGACCUCGAGUGUACCUCAUUUCCGGAACAGAUGCGUUCAGUCGCUCAAAGGUCGAAAGCUUGGAGGCGAGCAUGAGCGCGGCCCCCAAUGACUAUGCAGUCAAAGUGCUUCCACGCGCCAGAGCGGUCAAGCAAAGCUUUCUCACCUCGCCCAUCACGACGAUCAUUUCCUUUGCAUCUUGCUUUCAGCUCAUCGGCCGAGCACCGCUUUCCGCUGGCACUGCGGCGACGUUCAACACACACGCUUUCGACGUCGUGCUCAUGAACGGCCCAGGAACUUGCGUACCGCUGGUAGCUGCAGUGUACGUCUUGCGCUUUGUCGGCAUGCCCUCCCCAAAGCUCUUGUACGUGGAGUCCUUUGCUCGCGUAAAGUCUUUGAGCCUGACGGCGAGGAUCUUGAGGCCCUUUGUAGAUCGCUUCGUUGUGCAGUGGCCAGAGGCAGCAGGCAAAGCGGGUCACAGGGAAGGCGCGGUCUGCAAAGGCUGGUUGGUGUAA